GAUGUAUAUAUUCCGUAUGUAGACAGAGAAACAUGUCUUGAAUCAAUGGGCAACGGACGCAAUAACCUAACUGAAACAAUGUUUUGUGCUGGGAGUAAUAUUGGUGGAACUGGGGACAGUUGCCAAGGGGACAGUGGAGGCGGCUUAAUCAUGGCAACAGAAACAAAAUGGGUUCUCACUGGAGUCGUUUCUUGGGCCUUUGGGAAAUGUGAUGUGGAUAAUCAUUACGGUGUUUACACAAACGUUGGCAUGUUCUAUGAUUGGAUAGAGAGCGUUACAAAAUUUAACGAAGAGGAGGUGCCAGACUUUAUCAAUGAUUAUUGACCUUGAAUAGUGCAUACAUGCUGAUAUAGGAUGUGAUGUGGAUAAAUACUUCGGUGUUUACACAAACGUUGGCAUGUUCUAUGAUUGAAUAGAGAGCGUUACAACAUUCAACGAAAUGGAAGUGCCUGACUUUAUUUCUUAGAUUUUUUUGACACAAUACAAGUAUAUAGCCAAUCUUACUUAAACGUUUAUACCUAUUUUAAUUGAAAUGAAUAAAUAGACAGUGAUAAAAAUAUUGUUUCAUCCUAAUCUUGAUCAAUGUUGAGGAAUCGUAUUUCACUGUAAUCUUAGGUUUGUUUUUAACAUUUAUAUGUAAAACUUGCCAGAGAUUUUGUUUUGAUUUGAAAGAAAGAAACAUCAAUGAGAUAAGAUACACAUUUAAGAAGCUUUAUUUAAGUCCAAAAACCAUAACAUUUAAAAUUCUUAAAUGGAUCAAGUGAAACACUUAAAAUGGAACAAUCUGCUAGGGAUAAUUAGGUAAUAUGCUCUUUAUCACAUUGAAAAUUAUUAUUCUGCGCUAUUCUGUGCCCGCUUUAUAUGUAAAGCGUUACAUCGCUUUUCAAUUUUUGGUCAUAUGAUUUCAUUUUAUAUUAUACCUCAUUUGCAUAAAACCUUCUCUGUUUAAUAUGACGUCAUCAGGUCCAGAAACCGCAUAAAGACCGGGGCCGGUCCAUGAUUCUUAUAUGGACUGGAUGACGUCAUAUAAAUAUAGAAGCGCGUAUGCAAAUGAGGUACAAUCUUUUAUUUUGUUGUUAAAUGAAUCUUUUUACUGAAUCUAUUGUUUUACCCAGUACUUAUUAAUUUUGCUUAUGGACAUAAAAGGUAUGUAAUUUUACUAAUGACGUUUUAGAAAAUAAUAACUAAUGUCAGAUUCAUUUUUAAUAAUUCAUUAAAUAAUUCCUGCGUCUUAAAAACAUAGUAAUAUAGUUGACUUAUUGUAUGCUGAGGCUACAUAUAAUUAUAUAGCAGAUUUAAGAUUAUAUUGCAGACUUACACUUCAGCAUAUUUUAAUAACAGAGACAUUUAAUGAAAAGAAAUUUGGGUCACUGCCGUAGUUUUUGAGAUGACCUUGAAUUCCAUUUGCUUUUUUUCUCAGACAAUUUCCAUGGUUAAUAACUUAUACAUAAGUCAGGAGGCAAACCUUAUUUUAACUACAUGUAUUGUUUUUUCCUUGUUUUUUAUUCAUUUUUUUUUUAGAUUUUAUCCACUUUUAUGUUAUUCCGCCAAAGUUUUGUAUUCUUUCUUAACUCAAAAUCAUUAUAAAGAAUUCGCAUAAGUGAAGGUAAAUAGAACUUUAAAAAUAAAUAAACUAGUCAUUACCAAUUCUUGAAAAUUUGCACACGUUUUGGAAAGAAAUUUUGCUACACGAAAAUCGCAAAAUAUAAGGCUUUUGUACCUUAGUUGUUCAUAAUCUGGCAUUGAAAUAAGAAUAUUUAUAUAAUUAAAGGGCAAAUAACUCAACAAUCAGGUCGGUGAUUCCAUAUUUUUUUCGCUUGACAUAUUUCUGUUACAAUAUUCUAAGAUCAUACAACGUGUAUUAUUCAUGGUUUAACGCUUAAAACUUCUUAAAAUCUUAAGUAAAUCUAAUCACCGUUGUAUUAAUUUCUAAUUAAACUGAAUACAUGUACAUGUAUUUGAAAAUGCCAGAGAACAAGCAAAUAAAUUUGUCACUCGUC